GUGCCAUGUCAGCUUCAAAGUGUUCAGACUCAGCUUUCACAAUUAUUUCAACUCCAGCGACUCCUCUAAGAACAGGAAACUGCCACUGCAAGAAGCAUCCAUUUACAUCAUAAGGUGACAUUCCAGUGCCUGCCUUAAAAUAUCACACUUUUUUCAGCUUGCUCUAAGCCAGAAAAAAUGGAAGUUGGUCCUGAAAACAAAAGGUCACCAACUGCAAAUUACGAGUAUAAAGUGGAGCAACGUGCCAUAAAGCACAGAGAAAUCAGCCAUCGGAAUAACACAACAUCAUGUCGCAGUCCCACCAGAGAUCUGGACACCAGGCAGAUGAAAAAUGAACUGCAUCGCAAAAGACAGUCUGAGUUCUUUAAAGAAGACCUGUGGACCAUGGCAAUACUUACUGUUAUCUCCAGUGCCAGGCGCAGAUACCCAAUGGAAACCCUGCAUGCAACACAGCAUAUGACGCACACCUUAACGCAUCAGACGCCCUUGAUAACAAGUCAAAAUGUAAAGCUCCAGAGAGAUGGCAUAACCUUGGCAAAGCAGGUCUCCACAUCUUCAAAGAAUGAGGAAAAUGAGCUGAAAUCAGAUGUAUGGGAAAUUCCGAGCCUCAGUUCUGUUCAGCUUCGGGGGAAAAGUGAAAAAGGAGCGAGGUUAUUUACCGUUCUCCUUAAAGACAUUACUCAGCUCUCAAACAACCAGAAGACAUUACAGAUGGCCAGCAUUCAGCCUGAGUCUGGAUUUGUUACUGUCAAAGAAGCGGACGUUAACACAGUUGACGACUACUACUUGGAGGAGGCCUUACAAAGAGAAGAAGCUCUUAAAAAGAAGCUUUCAAACCUCCAGAAGAGUGCCGUUACAUUACUGCAGCCUACAGAGCUCCUCUGGAAGGUCCGCUGUGAUGAGGACGUGUUGAAGAGUAAGAUCAAAGCUCUUGAGGCUCAACCUGCAGGUUUGCAUUCAAGGCUUCCUCAGGAUGGAGUGAAAAGGAUAGUGCUGAAGAUGGAAAACAGAGGGAGGAGUAUGAACAAAAAGGCUCUGAAGGCUAUUUAUAAGGCCGAGAAUGAGAAGGCGGAAGCUCAGAGCAGGUCGGAGUACCUCCAGGAGCAGCCAAUUGCAGAGGGGGCGCUGCAGACAUCACAGUCAGAGUCUCAGCACUGGCAAAGGCUGUGUGAGGAGCUGAGAGAGAGCUCCAGUCAGAUGAAGAAGAGACAAGAUGAGAGCACUGAUCAGAUGCUACAGCUGCAGGGCCACUUAGAGCGUUCUGUGGGCCAGGAGGAGAUGCUGAGGAAACAGAGCGAGUCUCUUGAGCAGGAGCGAGUAGAGCUUCAUUCCUGCAUCUCAGAGCUGCAGGAGGAAAACCUCACCCUGAGAGAAAAUCUACAGGAGCUCACAGGAAGCAACCAUGAGUGGUGGAACAGUAGCACAGAAACACAUGAAGAAGUUUCAGUAUUGGACCAGCUCCUGAGAACAGAUAACAGCCCAGCAAGACAUCUGAGAGAUGCAGAACACAGACUCAGAGCCAAAGAAAAAGAGUGUAUGGAGCUGCAGGCGGACCUAUAA